AUGCCAAUGUCAACUCGGCCAGGUCACCCAUCGUCCAGACACCCACUCAGCCAGCUCGACCAACCGGUGCCGCCCAGUUUGGGCACAGAAACCAACUUGAGCUCGUUGCUAGAUAGGGCAAGUUGGGAAAGCAACACGCCCACCCUCGAGACCUCACCCACCGUGUCCUACUCCACCACGCCCUCCCUGGGCCGCCAGCAGUAUUUGGGCCUACCGUUCCAGCAGCCACAAAAGAGUCUGGCUGCCAACCCGCGACCGCAAAAGUCACAACAGGCUUUAUUACACAUCAUUCGAUUGAUAUUAGAUGAAGUACAAACUGGACUUGGUCAAAAAGGAAAGCUGCAAGUUCCGUUAAUGAUGAUGAUUCAGGAACGGGCAAUUGGAAAAUACUUUUGCUCGUUCUCAUCAGCGCAGCUCUCGAAAGCGUCUGAGGUUUUUGGAUGGCCAAUGAAUGAACUCAAGCAGCGUCUUGUUCUCUCCAUUUGUUCAGGUCAUCUUCCCGCUAAACUCGAACUCGACAAUGCCAUCCUACGCGCUCAUCAGCCCACUCCCCGCUCCUGUCUCCUUGCUAAUAUCACCUGA